CAACUUUCAUUCCAAAGUAGAUUCUGUUGCCUUCAUCCCUCUCUGAAGUCCCAGCUCCUCAGUCAUGCUGCGUCCGAUGGUCCUCUUCCUCUUCUUGGCCUGUGCAGUGUCUCUCAGCAGAUCUGCCGUAGUCCUAGAAAAUGGCAUGCCCAUCCUGUGGUCUCAAACAGUGACUGACCUGCCGACACAGAAUGGCAUCUUGACUCCUGACCCCUGGAACUUUCUUCAUCGCAUGAGUCUUUACCGCCUGAUGAUAACUGCUACAGACCCAUUCAUGGAAUCCAUGGGGACAGGCACCGGACUCAACCCUAUGUGGGGGCUGACAGUCCAGCUUGGAUGGUUCCUUACUUCAGGACGUCUUGCUGACCCAACCGGUGCUACAACCUGUGGCCUGCAAACAGGAGAUACUACGUGUGUUUCUACCCAGAGCUGGUGGAGCUGUGUGAGCUACUUUGUCUCUGCACUGCCCUUCCUGUCUGCCGCACAGCAGGGCUUACUGGGAGAAGGUGUUCAGGUCCAGAUGCAGGUCCCUGAAGGUGUAGAAGACUAUUGUACCACCUAUGCUGACUGUACCACUCGCUACCCCGAUGCCAUGGCUAAGUGGGAUGCCUAUUUUACGGGUCUGAAGACUACUGCUGAGUCCACUCUGCCUGAAAAUGAGAAGAGGGACACUAUCCUCGGUCUCUACUGGGCGGCUCAAAUGGCUUCAAUUUAUGCCGCAGCAGCAUGCAAUGCCAAGAUGAGCUCCUAUUCCUCUUCUGAGGUGACUUUCUUUAACAGCUGGCUGAACUCAGCGGAGUACGUAUCAGCUGCAAACUUCCAUUCCACUUUGGAAAAAUCAGCAAAGUUCUCAAUCCCUCUGCCAAGUCGUGUUUUAAAGGAGGGCGACAAUCCACCUAACAUUGCUGAUCUGAGUCAGGAGGAGAACCACACACUUUCUGUCUUCUCCUGGAUGAAAAAUAUGAACACUCUGCUGGGCGGGUCAUUGGUGCGUAUGUGGCGAAGUGCCAUGUGUUCAGCAACAACAAGAGAGAAAGGCAGAGAGAUGUUGGAGCAGCUGAUGCUGAAUCCCAGCUUCGCCACAAGCACUUUCCUGUCCAUCAUCAGUGGAAUGACUACCAGCUGUUAAGAAAGAAACAGCAACUCCAGUCAUAUAAUGAUAUUUUCAUCCUAAAGUUAAAGGCA